AAUCUGCGCGCUCUUUUCCCCUCUCGCCUCGCCGCGGUCUCUGGCCUGCAAGCUCGCACCAGUUCGACACCCUCUAUUCACCGCUAUGCCUCCCCGGUCCAACCCUGCCGCCCGCGUCCCAGGUCGUUCGGGGUCCCUGUGCAAGCUGCUCGCCCUGCUGCUGCUGCUGGCGCCACCACGGCCACUUGUCCGCGCUGGCCCGGUGAGCACUGUGCUGAGAGAGCUGCGCUGCUUGUGUUUAGGCUACACUCCUGGGAUUCGCCCCAAAAUGAUCAGGAAUCUGCAAGUGAUUGCCGCAGGCCCGCAGUGCCCCAAGGUGGAAGUGAUAGUCACGCUGAGGAAGAGCGGGAAGGAAGUCUGCAUUAACCCAGAAGCUCCGUUGUUCAAGAAAGCCAUCAAGAAAAUUCUGGACAGUGGAAAACAGAAAGACUGAUUAAGUGAUAGAACCACGCAUGGGAAAACCUACCCAGCCUUCAAUGGAAUGUUCUUCUAGAGACCGCUCAUUCAGAGGAGACAUUAAGCAAGAGUUGGCAUUCUUCAGCCAAGCAUCGAUUUCAUGAAAUUUUGAGGAAGAAGGCCUGUUUGUCCCUGCAGUUUUCUGCUAAGCAUAUUAAGUAUUAAACAUAACAUUUUGUGCUAUUUAUUGUAACCAUUACUUUAUUGGAAUCUUUGGCAACUGCUUAAAUUGUGAGUGAAGGAUCACUGAUUGUUAUUCUUUCAAAGUGUAUCAAAUUGAAAGUGAUUAUUGUACUUCUAGACUAUAUUCCUUACAGUAUUACUGACAGGACUAGACAUUGAAUAGGUAAAUGAUAUUUCACUGGAAUGUCAUUGAUGGGGAUGGCCUGCAAUCCUCACUCUUCACAUGAAAUGAGACAUAUUUUAGUGUUGUUUCUUGAGGGAAUAUAUCAGAGAACUUUUUUACUCUUGACCAUGGUAUGCUGUUUAAAUUAUAUUAUGUUAAA